AUAAAUUACAGCCCGGCAGCCUCGGCGCCCUUGACAGCGCGCCCGGCGCCCCUCCCGCCAGCUCGCCAGCUGCCAGCCCUGGGACCUUCUCAUCUCUUCCCUUUUGGCCGGAGGAGCCGAGUUCAGAUCCGCCACUGCGCACCCGAGACUGACACACUGAACUCCAUUUCCUCCUCUUAAAUUUAUUUCUGCUUACUUGCCACUCGUCUUUUUUUUUUUUUUUUCUCCCAUCUCAUCGCUCCAAGAAACUUUUUUCUUACUCCCCAAAGUCAGGGUUCCCCCUGCCCAUCCCGUAUUAAUAUUUCCACUUUGGGAACUACUUGCAUUUUCUUUUUAAAGGAAUUCAAGAAAGAUAUAUUUUUCUAUUGGGCAUUGACUCUCGACUGUUUGCAAAAAUUUCGUAUUAAAUACAAACAACUCUACCUGGUCUGUACUUUGAGAAUUGUUGGUUUCUUUUCUUUUUUUUCUUACUUAAAAAAAAACCCAAAAAACCCAAACAACAACAACAAAAACCCCCUUCCCUCCCCCUUUUUAAAAAAUGCACUGCUGUGUGCUGAGCGCUUUUCUGUUCCUGCAUCUGGUCACGGUCGCGCUCAGCCUGUCUACUUGCAGCACACUUGAUAUGGACCAGUUCAUGCGCAAGAGGAUCGAGGCGAUCCGCGGGCAGAUCCUGAGCAAGUUGAAGCUCACCAGUCCCCCAGAAGACUACCCUGAGCCCGAGGAAGUCCCCCCGGAGGUGAUUUCCAUCUACAACAGCACCAGGGACUUGCUCCAGGAGAAGGCGAGCCGGAGAGCGGCAGCCUGCGAGCGCGAGAGGAGCGACGAGGAGUACUACGCCAAGGAGGUUUACAAAAUAGACAUGCCGCCCUUCUUCCCCUCGGAAACUGUCUGCCCAGUUGUUCCAACACCCUCUGGCUCAGUGGGCAGCUUGUGCGCCAGACAGUCUCAGGUGCUCUGUGGGUACCUUGAUGCCAUCCCGCCCACGUUCUACAGACCCUACUUCAGGAUUGUCCGAUUUGAUGUCUCAGCAAUGGAGAAGAAUGCUUCCAAUUUGGUAAAAGCGGAGUUCAGAGUCUUUCGUUUGCAGAACCCAAAAGCCAGAGUGCCUGAACAACGGAUUGAACUGUAUCAGAUUCUCAAGUCCAAAGACUUAACAUCUCCAACCCAGCGCUACAUCGACAGCAAAGUUGUGAAAACGAGAGCAGAAGGUGAAUGGCUCUCCUUUGAUGUAACCGAUGCUGUUCACGAAUGGCUUCACCAUAAAGACAGGAACCUGGGAUUUAAAAUAAGUUUACACUGUCCCUGCUGCACUUUUGUACCAUCGAAUAAUUACAUCAUCCCAAAUAAAAGUGAAGAACUAGAAGCAAGAUUUGCAGGUAUUGAUGGCACCUCUACAUAUACCAGUGGUGAUCAGAAAACUAUAAAGUCCACUAGGAAAAAAACCAGUGGGAAGACCCCACAUCUCCUGCUAAUGUUAUUGCCCUCCUACAGACUUGAGUCACAACAGUCCAACCGGCGGAAGAAGCGUGCUUUGGAUGCGGCCUAUUGCUUUAGAAAUGUGCAGGAUAAUUGCUGCCUACGUCCACUUUACAUUGAUUUCAAGAGAGAUCUUGGGUGGAAAUGGAUACAUGAGCCGAAAGGGUACAAUGCCAACUUCUGUGCUGGAGCAUGCCCGUAUUUAUGGAGCUCAGACACUCAGCACAGUAGGGUCCUCAGCUUAUAUAAUACCAUAAAUCCAGAAGCAUCUGCUUCUCCUUGCUGCGUGUCCCAGGAUUUAGAACCGCUAACCAUUCUCUACUACAUUGGCAAAACACCCAAGAUCGAACAGCUUUCUAACAUGAUCGUAAAGUCUUGUAAAUGCAGCUAAAAUCCUUGGGAAAGCGGCAAGAUGAAAAUCACGAUGAUGAUGAUGAUGAUGAUAAUGACGACAAUGACAAUGAGGAAGUUUGUAACAAGAUAACAUAAGAGAGCCUUGGUUCAUCAGUGUUAAAAAUUUUUGAAAAAGCGGUACUAGUUCAAACACUUCGGAAGUUUGUGUUCUGGUUGUUAAAACUGGCAUCUGAAACAAAAAAAGUUGAAGGCCUUAUUCUGCAUUUCACCUACUUUGUGAGACAGACAAGAAACAAAGUCUUUUUUUUUUUUUUAAGAAAAAAAAUAAACACUGGAAGAAUUUGUUAGUGUUAAUUAUGUGAAAGGAAAAAAAAACAAAAAACAAAAAACAGGAAAACCCCAUUAAGUGGAGUUGCUGUACGUACCGUUCCUACCCCGUGCCUCACUUGAUUUUUCUGUAUUGCUAUGCAAUAGGCACCCUUCCCAUUCUUACUCUUAGAGUUAACAGUGAGUUAUUUAUUGUGUGUUACUAUAUAAUGAACAUUUCAUUGCCCUUGGAAAAUAAAACAGGUGUAUAAAGUGGAGACCAAAUACUUUACCAGAAACUCAUGGAUGGCUUAAGGAACUUGAACUCAAACGAGCCAGAAAAAAGAGGUCAUAUUAAUGGGAUGAAAACCCAAGUGAGUUAUUAUAUGACCAAGCAAGUCUGCUUUAAGAUAAAGACCCUGAAAACACAUGUUAUGUACCAACUGCCUAAGGAAGCUUCUUGUAAGGUUCAAAAAUUAAAAAGCCUGUUAAUAAAGGAAACUUUCAGUCAGAAUAAGUUUGUAAGAUUUUUUUUUCUUUUUAAUUGUAAGUGGUUCUUUGUCAGUUUAGUAAACCAGUGAGAUGUUGAAAUGUUUUGACAUGUACUGGUCAAACUUUGGGCCUUUAGUAUUGCUGUAUAGCUGUGCUAUAGGUUUUUUCCUUUGUUUUGAUGUAUGUAACCAUACCUAUAUUAUUAAAAUAGAUGGGUAUAGAAGCCAGCAUAAUUGAAAACACAUCUGCAGAUCUCUUUUGCAAACUAUUAAAUCAAAACAUUAACUGCUUUCUGUGUAAUGUGUAAAUUUUUACCAUAUUUUUUGUAUUCUGUAAUAACGUCAACUAUGAUUUAGAUUGAACUUAAAAUUCGGGCUCUUUUUAGUGAUCACUCACAAUCGCGUGUUUCCUUCAGCUGGCCAGUACUUUUGAGGAAAGUCCCUGUGCUCUGACUUGCACCACACAUGCAUUUUUAUGGUAUUUGCUCUACUUGUGCUGUAUGUGUCGUCCAUUAUCAUGACAUAAGCUACCUGGGUCCACUUGUCCUGUUUUUUUCUUUUUUAUGAAAAGGAGAGAUUCGAAUUCAGUGGUCUUCUUUCAUUUUCUGAGCAUUGUUACUAAUCAAGUCAAAUGUUAAAAAGCUUCUAUGUUAGGAAAAUGGGGAAUAUUACAGAUAAAUAGAUAAUUGAGGUGAAAUGUUUUAGUUUUAGCAAGGGUUUAAGGAUCUUACUGAAACUCAGAAUCUUGGUGACUGAGUUUAGAAAGUUUUCUUUCUCUAACUUGCUUUAAUCAGUGUUUUCACAGAAUUCUAUUGUUAUUAAAAAGCAGACAGUUCAUAGAAAACAUCUUUUCUUUCAAUAGGGUUUUUAGGGUUCAGGGGGAAAUUGAAAUAUGUACAAUUUAGCUGAUUUUUUCAAAGAAAGAAAAAAUCCAGGUCAGCAUAAGUCUUUUUGCUUAUUUCACUGAAGUUAAGGCUUUUAUAGAUGCUCUUUGAAGGUUAAAAAGUCACAAGCCAAAUUGUCCCAUGAUCAAAAGAUUCUUUCUUUUCUCUAAGCGAGAGUUUUCUGUGUCUGAGGCUGGAGUUUAACUUGCUUUAAUAAACAAUUUGUCACAUCA